AGGUAUAUUAGUAUACAAGAAGUAUCAGAGUUUCUUACAGGUUCGACUGUAAAUGCUUUGUAACACCAUGUCCUGCUUUGCUCGUUCAUUCAAUACAUGUCUUUAGAUAACGAGCAGUUAGUGAGGUCAGUUACCAAUUGUUUGGAAAAUCUCGUCAUAUCCAAUGGCAACACGUUCUCCGAAGACGUCUGGGAAAAGACAUUUCAAUGUGUAAAAACUAUAUUUGAAUCAACCGUACCUCACGAACUAUUGAAAUGGAGACCCGCUGACCAACAAGUAAUGAGUCUACCCACACCUGAUGUCACUCCUGCGUCAUCACCACUCAAGAUAAUGUCACCUGUCGACCUGGAGGAUGAUAUCGUGCCCAAAUAUCAGGAAGACGAGGACGAACAAGAUGGUCAGCAAUCAUCAAAAGGUUUGAAGGAAACGGAGAAGGAAAUGCCUCAAGAAACAGUUGAAGAAACCAAAGAACAAGACAGCAUUAGUUUACAUAGUACGCCUAGUUUACGAUUUGUACCUGUCAAAGAACACGAACCAGUUGUGCAGACGGAGAGGAUGCUGUUCAAUUCAUUGAUCAUUAAGUGUGUCGUUCAAUUGGAACUUAUCCAAAUGAUCGACAAUGUCUUCUUUUUCCCAAGCACCAGCAAGCGAGAAGAUGAAGAUACUAUGGCUUAAUUACAGGUCAGUUGUAAUUACGGUCAUUGUAGGCAAAGUGAACAGGAAUAAAUUUAAUCAAUGAAAAAGUUUGUCCAGCAAAAUGUGCCAGGAUUGUCACCAUUGCACUUGACUGUACACAAAAACUCAUUGCUUAUGGUCAUAUUGUUGGUGAUACACCAGACUCCAUUAAAACAGAGAGGCGUUUAAUUGACAGAAUUAUAGAGACUAUUUGUAGUUGCUUUACUGGUAUAAUUACUGAUGUAAACGUUCAAUUACAAAUUAUAAAAUGUUUGUAAAAGUAAUCUCAAACUGUUAUAGUAUUUAAUGAGGGAAAUGAUGUAUCCUUGAGGAAUUUAAAGAGGGUAAUGACAUAUGUAUCCCUAUGUUUUUUACAUUUUUUGUAAUUUUUUUCUAAUUUUUAAUAUUUAAUAUCUAAAUUUUAA